UGAAAUUUCUAGUCAUUGCAAUAUUGUAAAAUUAGCGACGGAUCUGAAACUUCCAGUUUAUACUUUCUGUCCACUUUAUUUAGUAAGUCAAAGGUCAAACGUUUCGCGUCGUUCCGGUCCGGCAUCUCCGCAUGUGUUUCGAGCAACGGCAAAUCUCGCGGGUCAGCCGAAUUUCUCCUAGUUGCACAGUGGAAGAAAAAAAACCACUACUGAGUCCACCGCCGCAAGUGACCGCGAAAUCCACCAAUCCUAGAACCAAUCUCCCCAAAACGCCGACUGGAGGUGGCAAAGGCGGGGUUUUACCCGGGUGCCAGUAGCUCCGAUUGGUCGCGCGCCGAAGCUUGCAUGCCACGCGCCGGCCGACUGACGACUACAGGCUCGACGGUGAUUGGGAGCCCAGUCGCCCGCCGGCAGCGGUAGAACGAGGACGCCCUCCGCUAGCCAGCCGCCCUCCACCGCCACACAGAACUCAGAAUGCAGUCGGGCCUGCUGCGGUGUCUGCUGGCGGCCGUGUUGGCGGUGGUCUGCGCCUGCUUGGUCUUGCCCACCGGCCAGGCGCACCCGCUUCUUUCGGACCACCUGCUCGUGAGAAGCAAGCGCUCCUACCUCGACAUCCAAUGCCGCGGCGUGUUCAACAAGUCCGUGUACAGCAAGCUCAACGCCAUCUGCAAGGACUGCUUUGAGCUGUACAAGGAUCCAGAACUACAUGGACUGUGUCGUCAGGACUGCUUCGGCAGCCGCUACUUCGAAGGCUGCGUCGAGGCAUUGCAGCUGACCGGCCAACGGGCUACGUUCAGCCGCUGGAUCCGGACGCUGCGAGGCAACCGUUUCCAGUGACGGGGUCCACACUCCGCAUACAGGUCGGAGUGCUUCACGACAGACUAUUUCAAGGGCUGUCUGCAGGCGCUGGUGAUUGAAGACCAGGCCGAGGAGUUGGAGGAGGAGAUUCGGCGCCUCAGCGGCCGAAAAUGAGCCUGCGCCGCCAUACGCGAACACGGUCGAACGGCAGGAAGCAUCUAGUCACGGCCUUGGUCGGCAUUGGCAGCUGGACGGACCAUGCUCCCGUUGCUGUUCCAUGGAAUCUAUGAACAGCCUGAG